GUUCCUCCCCUCGCGCAUGCGCACCUCCUCUCCGCGCCGCUUCCGGUCGGCGACUUCCGGUGUUGUGUUUGGGCCUUUUUUGGCGGCUCCGCUCCCGUCGCGAUAUGUCGACUCUGUUCCCGUCCCUUCUGCCGCGACUGACGGAGCCGCUGUGGUUCAACCUCGACCGACCGUGCGGCGACGAGAGCGAUCUGCAGCAGCAGGAGCAGCAGCACCAGGCCUGGCUACAGAGCAUCGCGGAGAAGGAUAAUAAUCUCGUUCCCAUCGGAAAACCGGCAUCGGAGCACUACGACGAAGAGGAGGAAGAGGACGACGAGGACGAUGAGGACAGCGAGGAGGACUCGGAGGACGAUGAGGACAUUCAGGAUAUGGAUGAGAUGAACGACUACAACGAAUCUCCCGACGACGGAGACGUUAACGAGGUGGAUAUGGAAGGAGCGGAUCAGGAUCAGGACCAGUGGAUGAUCUGAGAGCCCCCGCGGAGCACCCGGAACUCGGAGUGGGAACGGAGCUGUGCCGAAACACCGGGAAUUUUGGGGACUGGAAUGAUAUUGGGGGGCCGGAAUGAUGCCGGAGCCGCUUUUGGGGAGCCCCAAGUGCCGAUACACCGGGAAUUGUGGAUCCGGAAUGAUAUUGGGGGGCCGGAAUGAUGCCGGAGCCGCUUUUGGGGAGCCCCAAGUGCCGAUACACCAGGAAUUGUGGAUCCAGAAGGAUAUUGGGGGGCCGGAAUAAUGCCGGAGUCGCUUUUGGGGACCCCAAAUGCUGGAAUCACACCGGAAAUUGUGAAUCCGGAUGGAUAUUGGGGGGCCGGAAUGAUGCCGGAGUCACUUUUUGGGAGCCCCAAGUGCCGAAACACCGGGAAUUGUGGAUCUGGAAUGAUAUUGGGGGGCCGGAAUGAUGCCAGAGCAACUUUUGGGGACCCCAAAUGCUGGAAUCACACCGGAAAUUGUGAAUCCGGAUGGAUAUUGGGGGGCCGGAAUGAUGCCGGAGCCGCUUUUGGGGAGCCCCAAGUGCCGGAAUCACACCGGGAAUUGUGGAUCUGGAAGGAUAUUGAGGGGAUGGAAUGAUGCCGGAGCUGCUUUUGGGGAACCCC